AUGGGGGACCCACCAGCUGACCCUGAGCCCCCUUCUCAGCCGACCUCCAGCCGUAGGAGUUCCCAGGUUUCCGAGAGGCGGCGCAGUCGCGAACACUCUAGGCCCCAGCCCUCCGUCCCCGAAGAGGUGCAGCAGAUACCGCUGGACGCUCAGAUCCUGCGCGGCAGUCAGGAGAUGGUGUCGAACCAGACCAGCCUCCGGGGCUGGUCACACGGGGCCAGUCUGACCCCAAAUGAGAACUUGAUUUUUGAGGCCGAGGAAGCCCAGAUGGGCGGCGUUGAGUACCCUUCCCUGAAUACGGGCUUUUCCUCAGAGGUACGGCCUCAAAUCUAUGUGAGUGAAAGCAGGCUGCAGGCCAACCGCAACACCAGCCUAAUGCUGCAGCAGCUACAGCAGGGGGAAGGCAGCCUAUUCCAGCAACUGGAGUCUGCCUACCAGGGGCCCCCAGCUGACCUCUUGGGCCAGUUCACCAUGUUCCAGAGAGAAGACCUGCAGUUCAGCCAGGGUGCCCAGCAUGGGCCCUACCUAAACGAUGACCCUGCCCUCCAGUUCUCGCCCUCUGAGCUGGGCUUCAUGCCCUUCAAUAUGGAGGUGCCCGAGCCAGAACCUCGAGAGCUAGCCGUGCAGAACGCCAAGGCCUACCUGCUGCAGACCAGCGUCAACUGCGACCUCAGCCUGUAUGAGCACCUGGGGAACUUGCUGACGAAGAUCCUGAACCAGCGGCCCGAGGACCCCUUGUUCCUCCUGGAGUCGCUGAACCGCACCACUCAGUGGGAGUGGUUCCACCCUAAGUUGGACACGCUUCGGGACGACCCGGAGAUGCAGCCCAUCUACGAGAUGGCCGAGAGGCAGAAGGCGUUGUUCGGCCGGAGCGAGGGCGGUGAGGGCGAACAGGAGAUGGAGGAGGAGGUGGUCGAGACCCCGGUGCCCAACAUCAUGGAGAAGGCCUUCUACUUCGAACAGGCCGGCGUGGGCCUGAGCUCAGACGAGAGCUUCCGCAUCUUCAUGGCCCUGAAGCAGCUAGUGGAGCAGCAGCCCAUCCACACCUGCCGCUUCUGGGGCAAGAUCCUGGGGCUCAGCCGCAGCUACCUGGUGGCUGAGGUGGAAUUCCGGGAGGGCGAGGAGGAGGCGGAGGAGGAGGAGGUGGAGGAGAUGAUGGAGGGCGGCGACGUCAUGGAGGCGCACGGGGAGGAGGAGGGCGAGGAGGACGAGGAGAAGGUCACCGAUGUCAUCCCCAAGCCCACGUGGAAGCCACUGCCCCUCGUCCCCAAGGAAGAGAGCCGAACCGGCGCCAACAAGUACCUGUAUUUCGUGUGCAACGAACCGGGCCGGCCGUGGGUGCGGCUGCCCCACGUCACGCCGAUCCAGAUCGUGCAGGCCCGCAAGAUCAAGAAGUUCUUCACGGGCUACCUGGACGCGCCAGUCAUCAGCUACCCGCCCUUCCCGGGCAACGAGGCCAACUACCUGCGGGCUCAGAUCGCCCGCAUCUCCGCCGCCACACACAUCAGCCCCCUCGGCUUCUACCAGUUCGGCGAGGAGGAGGGCGACGAGGAGGAGGAGGGCGGUGCCGGGCGCGACUCGUACGAGGAGAAUCCGGACUUUGAGGGCAUCCCGGUCCUCGAGCUGGUGGACUCCAUGGCCAACUGGGUACAUCACACGCAGCACAUCCUGCCGCAGGGCCGCUGCACUUGGGUGAACCCUUUGCAGAAGACGGAGGAGGAGGAGGAGCUGGGGGAGGAGGAGGAGAAGGCAGAUGAGGGGAUAGAGGAGGUGGAGCAAGAGGUCGGGCCCCCGCUGCUGACACCGCUCUCGGAGGACGCAGAAAUCAUGCACAUGUCACCCUGGACCGCCCGCCUGUCCUGCAGCCUCAGCCCGCAGUACUCUGUGGCCGUCGUGCGCUCCAAUCUCUGGCCAGGGGCCUAUGCCUAUGCCAGUGGCAGGAAGUUUGAGAACAUCUACAUCGGCUGGGGCCACAAGUACAGUCCUGAGAAUUUCAACCCACCCCUGCCAGACCCCGUUCAGCAAGAGUACCCCAGCGGCCCGGAGACCAUGGAGAUGAGCGACCCCACGGUGGAGGAGGAGCAGGCUCUCAAGGCUGCCCAGGAGCAGGCCCUGGUGGCCGCGGAGGAAGAGGAGGAGGAUGAGGAGGAAGAUGAUGACGAGGACCAGGAUGACUGA